UAUUUUAAUUUUUUAAUAAUUCAUUCUUUUAUAUUAACUUUUUUGAGAUCAUAUUUAAAAGUAUAUUUAAAAGUAAGUUUAAAUAAAAUGCUUGUAUGAGUUAUUUAGUUUAUUAAAUAGAUUAUUGAUUAGAUUAAAAAUGAGAAUUUAGGACAUGAAAAACAUCAAUAUGCAAUACACUUAUACAAAAAAGAGACUACAAUUUGGAAAACAAUGUAACUUCACAAAUUAUGAUAAAGUAGAAGCUGAUAUUAAACCACAUGCAGAAUCUAUGACUCACUAUACUCAAAUAGAUCCUGUAACUCAAGGAACUCAAUGUAGCAAGAUAUAUUCUGUUCAUGAGGUAAAUACAAAUACUGCAACAUUCCGAGAUAGUGGUAUAUAUCAUUCUGAAGGUGGUUGGCCAAAAGAUUUAAAUGCGAAAGAUGUAGAACAGACAGUGAGAUAUAAACGCAAAAUAGAAAAAGAUGAACUGUAUAUUCAUACAAUGCUUCAAUUAUUGCCUCCGAUGGAACAGUGUAUUUUACAGAAUAAUGUUUGUAAUAUUUAUGAACAAUACUUCAGUUAUAUGGAACCAGUUUCUUUAAUACAACGAGUAUAUUCACGUACAGUGAAUGUAUAUCGUGAUAUUUUACCAAUAAAAAGACAAAUAACACAUCUUUCUUGGUCACCGGAUCAAGGAAAUCGUUUUGCAGCUAGUUACUGCAAUACUGACUUUAAAAACGCAAUAAAUGACAAUCCUCAGUCAUAUAUUUGGGAUGUAGAUUUAUGGUCCAAAUUUAUAGAAAAUCCAAAUACGCCUUGUGUAAUCUUAAAACCAUUUUGUCCAAUUUUAACAUUGGAAUAUAAUCCUAAAGAUAGUAAUAUACUGAUUAGUGGCUUAAUGACUGGACAAGUGGCUUGUUGGGAUAUUAGAAAAGGGUCAGAACCAAUUGAAACAAGUUUAGUGGAAUUUAGCCACAGAGAUUUAUGCAACGAGGUGUUAUGGAUAAAUUCUAAAACUAGCACAGAAUUUUUCAGUGCUUCCAAAGACGGACAAAUAAUGUGGUGGGAUAUCAGAAAAUUACAAAUGCCUACAGAAACAUUGGUAAUAGAUUUAUGUAAACCUGAUGAUCAAAAUAUUGAUAAAGCAACUGGGAUUUCAGCAUUACAGUUUGAACCAUCUAUGGGUACACGUUUUAUGUGUGGUCUUGAAAAUGGUAUAGUAAUAUCAGGAAAUCGCAAAGGGAAAACUUCAAGUGAGAAAAUUGCAACGAGAUUCAAGGCACAAUAUGGACCUAUAAUAAGUUUAGAAAGAAACCCAACAUUUGUUAAAAAUUUUUUAACAGUUGGUGACUGGACGACAAGAAUAUGGUCUGAGGAUUGUAAAGAAUCUUGCAUUGCAUGGACACCUGGUCAUAGAGAUUUUUUAAUGGGUGGAGCAUGGAGCAUAACACGAUUUUCUGUAUUUUUUUUAAUAAAAAUGGAUGGAACUCUGGAUGUAUGGGAUUUGUUGAUUCAACAAGAUUCUCCAGUUCUUAGUGUGAAAGUUUGUGAUGAAGUGCUAACAUAUAUAAAACCACAUGAACAAGGACAAUUAGCAACAAUUGCUAAUAAGAAAGGAACAACAUUUUUACUUGAAUUUUCAGAAGCAUUAACAGCUAAUCAAAAAAAUGAUAAACUUUUAUUUACAGCACUUCUUGAUAGAGAAACACGCAGAGAAAAGGUAAAGGAAGCUAAAAAUAGAGAACAGAGAUUGAAAAUGAAAUCCCUUCGAAAUAUCAAUACUGAAACUGAAUGCACUACAGGAAGCACAAAAAAUGAUGAGGAAGAUCUAAAAUGUUCUAAUUUUAAUACUAAUGAUGCAGUACUAAUACAUUGUGAAGAAGACUAUGAUAAUGCUAUAAAGGCAGAAUUACUAAAAGAAGAGGGAACAAAUAAUGAAAUAUCAUAAUAAAUAUGCAAUGAAUGAAAUAAUAAAUGAAUUUUUAUUAUAUGUAUAUAGAUUCAAUAAAUUCUUAUAUUUCUGUAUCUUAAAUUUAUUUUGUUUAUGCUAU